UUUGAACUAGGAACCUUCUUUUAAUUCCUCCCCAUUUCUUCCUUUCCUUUCAAAACAAUCAAAAAAUUAAACACAUAAAUGGGAAAAACAUUAAGGUGGUUUAAGGGAUUGUUUGGUUUAAAGAAAGAAUCGAAAUCCGGAGAACGGAAAGACAAGGUUCCGUCAUGCAUUGGUCGUCGUUCACGUCGAAACCCCGUCACUUCUCCGCCAUUGAAACAAGGUUGUUACAACAUUAAUGAGCAAAACAGACGUGCCAUCGCAGUUGCCGCAGCCACUACAGCUGCUGCUGAUGCAGCCGUCGCUGCUGCCCAGGCCGCCGUUGCAUUCGUCAGGUUGACUAGUCAGAAUCGGUUUGUCACCACCGUGGCGGAUCGUGAGAAUUCAGCCGCUAUCAAAAUUCAAACUCAUUUUCGUGGGUAUUUGUCAAAAAAAGCACUGAAGGCAUUGAAAUCUCUAGUGAAGCUUCAAGCAGUCGUAAGAGGUUUUCUAGUGAGGAAAAAAACAGUUGAGACUUUGCACGGAAUGGAAGCUCUAUUUAGAGCAAGAUCGAAUGUUUAUGCGCACAAGUUUCGUCUUCAAGAGGAUAAAUUUCAUUCCAAAAGAUCACUCAAGAAGGCUAGUGAGGGAAGGAGUAGAAGGACUUCAUCUUCUUAUCCAAUUCCUAUUGAUGGAAGGUCUAACCUUAUUGAUGUGCAACCUAACCUGUCCAAAUCAAGAUUGUUAAGGGCAAACACAUGGGCUUGGUCUGCAGAAUCGAAUACCCAAACCCCGUCCCCACUUUUUGUUAACCCACAUCGUCUUUCAGUUCCCGGUUUUCCAAACUAUUAUGAUUACGAGCCUCGCUUCUCUACAACCCACAACACCCCUCGUUUCGCCUACUCUUGUGGGCCAAACAUGUACAAGUCUAUCUACAAUGACCUUUCUAAGGAUGACUCAUACACGGGCAACCCGAGUUACAUGUCGAAAACCGAGUCUUUUAGGGCCAAGGCUAGGUCCAAGAGUGCACCAAAGCAAAGACCAGAUUACGGGCUUGGGCCCAAAAGGAGAGCCAGUCUUCCUGAGGUGGAAUGUGGGCCAAUAAUGGAAAAGUCAAAGUCACCAUCACUUCUAGAAAUUAGUAGUUUUAAGAAUUGUGUAAUGAGAAAGAUUGGAAAGUCCCCAAAAGUCUAAAGGAGGUGAGUAGGAAAAAGAGUUUUAUUUUUGGCAGUUGGAGGAAUUUUAAAGGAAAGAUAGAAGAAAUUUGGGCAAUUUGAGUUGAAAUCAACAUCAAAUGUGACACUUAGUUAUGAACUUAAAGACAUGAUAUGAUUUUAAUAUUUUUUAAACCUGAAUGUGGUGUGCCUGUGCAAUUUUAUA